AUGGCACCCAGAACUGAGACCCCUGUGAGCAGCAUCAGCAACAGUCUGGAGAAUGCAUUGCACACAUCAGCACAUUCCACGGAGGAGUCCCUGCCCAAGAGGCCUUUGGGAAAACACGGCAAAGAUCUUUUGUCUAUAAAACUUCUGGGUUGUCCCUCAACAUCUCAAAGGACUGGCAUUCUGGAAGGCUCUGGCUUUGCUGACCAGAAGAGUGUACCUGCAGGGACUGUAAAGCCUAUGAGUGUUGAAAAAAUAGACCUGAAGGGAUUAUCACACACGAAAAAUGACAGAAGUGUUGAGUGUUCCUUUGAGGUGGGGUCUUUUCUGAACACAGGGAGACUCUGUUCUCCUGUGUUCUGGAGGUUGUUGACUGAUGGUAACACUGGAGAACCAUGGACCCACCAAGCCCCAGUGCUCAAGAUAGUGUGGGCAGCAAGUUCUACAAGACCCUGGACAUGUGCGGUAGCCAUCUACACACCUGGAAGCAUGGGUGUCUCAUGGUAUUUGAGGCGCCUUGUGUUGAGUGGAUGGAGACUGAGUAUGAGGGCAGUGCAGCCUUGGACCCUGGCCAAAGCUAGGCAACUUGGAAGUGAACCAGAUUCCUGGGACCAGACUGUGAAUCUUCCACUCUAUGUUUUUGGCUGUGAUGAGGACCCCAGGAACACACACAGGGCAAGCCAUGCUGUGGCAGUGGUCUUAUGGUCUGAUUCUUCAAUAACGUCAGUAACCAAGUCUUCCUCAGAAGUGACUGAAUUUAUUUCAAAGUUAUCCCAGCUCUGCCCUGAAGAGAACUUGGACAAACUCAUUCCUUGCUUGGCUGGCCCAGAUUCUUUCUAUGUGGAACGCAACCAUGUGGAUUUAGAAGCAGGUCUGAGGUAUUUGGCUUCCAUACCUUCUCACACACUGAAACAUGACCACGUUAGGAAGUUCUUCAGUACUUCAUCUCCUACCCAACAACUCCAAAAUCCAAGUCCUGGCAACCCCUCCCUUCCUAAAGUAGGUGCCAUGAUGGGAGUAUCUGGAAGGCCUGUGUGUGGAGUGGCCGGCAUCCCAUCCUCGCAGAGCAGCACCCAGCACCAUCUGCAGCACUCGGCCAGUGCAUCUGCUUCCCUGCCCCACUGCUCCCACACAGGGGGUACAGGCUCAACGCUGGCUUACCGGACCCAAGUGGACAACUCGCCUACCAUCCUGAUGCCCUCUAGUCUGCAGGCCCCUCAGCCCCAGGAGCAAAAUGGGAUUUUAGACUGGCUUAGGAAGCUUCGUUUGCACAAAUAUUACCCCGUCUUUAAACAGCUCACCAUGGAGAAGUUUCUGAGCCUUACUGAAGAAGAUCUGAAUAAAUUUGAGUCCCUCACCAUGGGAGCAAAGAAAAAGCUUAAGACUCAGUUGGAGCUGGAAAAGGAGAAGUCAGAGAGACGGUGCCUCAACUCCUCAGCUCCAUCCUUGGUCACCAGCAGUGGAGUGGCCCGAGUCACCCCCACCAGCCACGUGGGACCUGUGCAACCUGGGCGUAGCAACCAUGCUGCAGAGCUACGGGUGGAGGUGGAGCCACCGGCUCACCAGCUGCCCCGGGAAGGCAGCUCCUCCGAGUAUUCCAGCUCCUCCUCUAGCCCCAUGGGUGUGCAGGUGCGAGAGGAGAGUUCAGACAGCGCUGAGGAGAGCGAUAGACGUGUGGACAUGCAUGUCGAGGGUACUGACAAGGAGAAGCCUGUGAUGCUGCUGACUCACUUCCCAUCCAGCUCUGCCAGACCCACAGCCCAGGUUCUGCCUGUGCAGAAUGAGACUGGCUCCAGCCCUGCAGGUCACCAUCCCCUGCCCCCACAGCUGAUGCCUACAGCUUCCCACCUGGCACCUGUCCGCAUGCUGAACUCGGUGCACAAGUCGGACAGAGGCAGCACGGACGUGAAGCUCCUCUCAUCCUCUGUCCACUCCCUUCUGACCCUGGAAGAAAGGAACAAGGGGCCUGGCCCUAGAAGUGGCACAAAAGUGGACAAGAGCUUUGGCGGAGCUGUGCUGGACACACUGCCCUCAGCGGCACCCCAUCCACCAGUGCAGGUCCUCUCGGGCCUUGUAGAGAACAACUCUGUGUCACCCACGGUCUCCUUUGGUCCCCGGGCCAAAGUUGUGCAUGCAGCCACACUGGACAGGGUGCUGAAGACAGCACAGCAGCCAGCCCUGACUGUAGAGACAAGUUCAGCCGCCACAGGGACACCAAGCACCGUCCUGCAUGUGGCCCGGCCACCCAUCAAACUGCUGCUGUCCUCCUCCGUCCCUGCUGAUGCUGCCAUCUCUGGGCAGACUUCUUGCCCCAACAAUGGGCAGAUCAGCGUUCCCCCUGCAAUAAUCAACCCUCGGACUGCUCUAUAUACAGCCAACACCAAAGUUGCCUUCUCUGCAGUGAGCAGUGUGCCUGUGGGCCCACUGCAAGGCAGCUUCUGCGCCAACAGCAACACUGCCUCCCCUAGCAGCCACCCCUCCACGUCUUUUGCGAGCAUGGCCACUCUGCCCAGUUGUCCUGCCCCCAGCUCCAGCCCUGCCCUCUCCUCUGUCCCUGAAAGCAGCUUCUACAGUGGCGGUGCUGGCAGCAGCUCCCCAGGAAACAUUCCUGCCUCAAGUCAGAACCACCACCACCACCACCACCAUCAACAGCCCCCCGCACCCCCACAGCCUGCGCCACCCCCACCUGGAUGCAUUGUGUGCACAUCCUGUGGGUGCAGUGGCAGCUGUGGCUCCAGUGGCCUGACUGUCAGCUAUGCCAACUACUUCCAGCACCCAUUCUCUGGGCCAUCCAUGUUUACCUUCCCUUUCCUACCCUUCAGUCCCAUGUGCAGCAAUGGCUACGUCAGUACCCAGCAGUAUGGUGGUGGCUCUGCCUUCCCUGUUGUACACGCGCCCUACAGUGGCAGUGUGACUCCGGACCCUGUCCUAGGUGGGCAGUCCACGUUUGCAGUGCCACCCAUGCAGAACUUCAUGGCUGGGACAGCAGGGGUGUAUCAAACCCAAGGCCUGGUGGGCAGCACCAAUGGCUCCAGUCACAAAAAGAGUGGGAAUCUGUCCUGUUACAACUGUGGGGCUACUGGUCACCGUGCUCAGGAUUGCAAGCAGCCGUCCAUGGACUUCAACCGGCAAGGAACUUUUAGGUUGAAAUAUGCCCCUCCAGCAGAAAGUCUGGACUCCACGGACUGAUCCUUUUCUUUUUUUGGCAACAGAACAUUUUAUUAAGCCAUGAAAAUGACAUAGAGAACUGAAGUCAAGUUGCUGUGGAGCCAUGGAGACCUAAGGAAAAUCACAUAGAAAACUGAAGUCGAGUUGCUGUGGAGCUUAAUAUUUUUAACCCAAAGGUGCUUUACUUUACUAUACUGGAUAGAGAA